AUGUCCUUGGAACUCCUCCCCGCAAAUCCCAGAGACUCGCCCGCUCUAACCACCGUCUUCCUCUCCGCCUUCAGCAACCCCUUCAACAAGCGCAUGUUCCCACGCACCCCAGACGUAACCGCCUACUGGACCGCACAAUUCACCUCCUUCAUCAACAAUCCACACAAGACCGUUCUCAAGGUAGUCGACUCAGCAGAUGGCGCCAUCGUCGCGUUCGCGGUAUGGCAGCUCCCGGUCCAACCCUCCUCCGAGCAGGAGAAACAUUCGCAUUCAGGCGAUGAGCAUCCCUAUCCCGCCAGUUCCGACAGGGAGCUCUGCGCGGCAUUCUUCGCCGGGAUGGAGGAGAUGAGGGAGAGCAUUAUGGGUCGUCGGCCUCAUUACUAUCUGGAGAUGUUGGGGACCCGGCCGGAGUACACUGGGCGUGGUAUUGCGUCGAGGCUGCUCCGGUGGGGAUUGGAGAGGGCUGAUGAGGUGGGAUUGGAGACGUAUCUCUCGGCGUCGCCGGCGGGGAGGCCGCUGUAUGAGAAGUAUGGGUUUCGAAUGGUGGAGGAGAGGGAGGUUGUGGGUGGGUAUGUGCAGGGGUAUAUGCUUCGGGCUGGGAGGGAUGUUUGA